UCCCGGGGAGCGGCGCGAUGGGCGGGGAGGAUGAGAUCGUGCGCAUUGCCAGGCGCCUGGACAAGAUGGUGGCCAAGAAGAACGCGGAGGGUGCAAUGGAUUUACUGAAAGAACUGAAAAGUAUGCCUAUGACUUUGGAUUUGCUGCAGUCCACCCGCAUUGGGAUGUCAGUGAAUGCACUGAGGAAGCAGAGCACAGAUGAAGAAGUGAUAUCACUUGCCAAAUCCCUCAUCAAAUCUUGGAAGAAACUUCUAGAUGCUUCUGAGGAAAAGAAUGAGGAGAAAAAGAAAAGCCUGUCUUUGCCAACAUCUUCCUCCAGGGAGACUGGUAACUCAAGAGACCAAAGCUCCAACAAAAGGCAGGAGCCUCCAAAGACUCCGACCACCCCCAAAAUCACCACCUUCCCUCCGGCCCCCAUCACCUGCGACGCUGUGCGCAACAAAUGCAGGGAGAUGCUGACAGCAGCUCUGCAGGCUGAUGACGACUACAUCGCCAUCGGUGCCGACUGCGAGCACAUAGCAGCCCAGAUUGAAGAGUGCAUUUACCAGGAUGUCAAGAACACCGACAUGAAAUACAAAAACCGUGUGAGGAGCCGCAUCUCCAACCUGAAGGACUCCAAAAAUCCUGAUCUGAAAAAGAACGUGCUGUGUGGGGCCAUCACCCCUGAGCAGAUCGCAGUGAUGACCUCGGAGGAAAUGGCCAGUAAUGAGCUGAAAGAGAUCAGGAAAGCCAUGACAAAAGAAGCAAUCCGAGAGCAUCAGAUGGCCAAGACAGGAGGGACACAGACUGACCUCUUCACCUGUGGGAAAUGCAAAAAGAAGAACUGCACCUACACCCAGGUGCAGACCCGCAGCUCCGAUGAGCCCAUGACCACGUUCGUCGUGUGCAAUGAGUGUGGGAAUCGCUGGAAGUUCUGCUGAUAUGUGCCAUGGCCUGAGAACGGCAGCCAAACGCAAACCUGAGCGCAGCCUCCACACGCCGGCUCCCACGGCAGUUGUGUUUUGUGUCCCAGUGAGUUUGCAUUGUCACACACAGAGAGCAGCAGUGGGGAGGCCUGGGCCUCGCAGAGAGCCACAGCCCUGGGCUGACAGGUUGGCAGGAGAGCUCAUUAAACACACCCAGUCAUUACUUUCUCAUCUAAACGAGUACGGUCACUUUCUCUUUAAAACUAAUAUUAAACAUUUUUGUCAGUUUCUGAC